AUGAAGUUCUUCGCUGUAGCAUGUGCUAUCGCUACCAGCGCCGUCAUAAUCAUGGCUGCGCCGGCCCCUGGAAACCAGCUCGAGCCUCGAGUAGCCUACUUGCCUGGACGUUGCGGUGACACGCGCUGCGACUUGGGGGGAACACUCUAUGACUGCUACCGAGGCACUUCUUGCACCAGACAAGCUGGAGGAACCGGAAAGACAUGUGAUGUCUCGACCAGGACUGGCCUCGCCAAGUGCCCCGGCAAGGGUAACUACGAUGGGCGCACCGCCUAA